GGAGGAUUAAAAAGAAGCCAUCCUGUGCCGGAAUUUCCCAUCGGGGCUUUCUUUUUUCCCCUCAAUCCUGACUCCAGAAGGAUUUAUAGUUCCCUCCAAACCUCGUCUCUGCCGUGUCUUAGGUCAAGCGCAGCGGGAGCGCAGUUUUGGUCAAUUUGAGAUUAUUUAUGGCACCGAUGCGGUAGUGAUCUUUUAAGGGGGGACGAAAAGAGAUCAAUAGAUUUAAAAAAGCAUUGUGUUCGUUUUGUGAACAGUCCCGGAGGUUUAACCGACAGGAGGGAUGGAGACAGUGUGGAGACGGGGAGGCGCGCCGUUGGACUGUUGCCUCUGGAAGACGCUGCUGCUGCUUCUCCUCCUGUGGAAAGUGUCUGAGAGCCAAGCAGGAGCAGGACUAGGAGGAGGGCCAGACUCCCCCCAGCCCCGUUUCUCCUCCUCCCUCCCCACCUACCUCCCUGUCCAAUGCCAGCUGAGUGGCGCUGACUCUGCGUUCUUCCUGCGGGAAGCCAAUCAAGAGGUGAUGAGGAAUGGCAGCCUAUCACAGCGGACCGAGCCCUUCUUCCUCCACCAGCUGGAGCCGGGCGUCGCAACUCAAUCCCUGCCCAGCGUCAACUGCAGCUACGGCAACAUGAGUAUCGAACAGCCAAUCCCGGUGGAGCUGCUGCAGGGGCCAGCUCCGCAUCUGCUGCCAACAACUAAUCAUGUAACCCUGAACUGGAAGGUCAAAGGUCAAGUGGUGGUAUCCAAAGUGGGGUCAACACGGCCCUGGAUACAGGUACUCUUUUACCUGGUAGGGAGGCGCUGGGAUGAGCCUGACCCUCCUCCCCCAGCCCUCCUCCCAUGUGUCAGAGCCUUAGCCAUCCGCGACACCAGUGAAGCAGCACCCUCAGCGGGCUGCCGGCUCAUGGGGCCAUCUGGCAUCUGUGUGGUCCGUCUGGAGCUCCCUCCAGCUUGGUUUACACCCCCACAAGUGCGAAAAAGACCUCCUGAAGUGAUUCUGCAGUCAGUGGAUGUGUAUUACUCAAUCAUACCAGUGGAGGGGGCUGGUCAGGAGUGUCCCUCCAUUGUUAACGAGCCGUGGAAAGGUCAAACAAACGUCGGCCCUCUUGGAGUGCUGGGAUUGGGCCUCGGGGGACAGUGGAGCCCCCUGGUGGAUGGGGGUCUUCAGGACAUGCUGAAAGCUGGGUCUGUUGGAUUGACAGUUGGCCCGGUUUCAGCAAAAGGAGAAAAGCUGAGACUGGAUGAAAAUGUGGAGGUUCUGGUGCCACCCAGCCCCGUUCGGCUCGGCAAAACAGUGGCGUUUGGCGUCUACAUGAAGACAGAUUCAAACACGGAACAGUUCACAUUGAGGGUGUGGUUCCAGUCAGGCAUCAACUUUCUGGCGGUGAAACCCAGCAACUUGGUGGCGUGGGAGAUCAAACAGGAAAUGGCACCAGGCAGCAGUUCGUUGGCUGUGAUUUGUCAGAGAAAGGCGUACUCCACAGCAGAGAGAUUGGAAAGUCUGUCAUAUGAGGUGAUGCAGCUUGAAUUUGAGGUGGAUAACGUCAUCAACCUGGUGCCGACCCAGACUCUCCACUGGAAAGUUGAGUACCCGACAGGCUCACAGACAACCUCCAGGCAAACAGAGAAAGUCUCCCACCUCUACAUCAGCAAUGCCGACAUACAGGGCAUCGUACCGCUGGCUGAGGACACAGAGGUGGUGAACACAGCCAUACUUACAGGCCGGCGUGUUUCAAUGCCAGUCAAACUGGUUACUGUGGAAACAGAUGGACAGGUGAGGGAGGUGGACGACUCGGUCACCUGCAGCUCGACAGAUGUGGAUGUGGUCAAGGUUUCACCGAACUGUGACCAGGUUUUGGUGAAUGGUAAAGAAAUGCGCGGUCGGCAGUCUCUGGCGGUAAACUUCACCUACCUGCACCUCUCGGCUCAGCUGCUGCUCACCGUCUGGGUGCCAAAGCUUCCCCUGCAGAUAGACGUGUCAGACACUGAGCUGAGCCAGGUUAAAGGAUGGAGGGUUCCCAUCAUCACUAACAAAAGACCUACGAGAGACAGUGAAGAUGAUGAGGAUGAUGAGAGGAAGGGCAAAGGCUGCACCCUACAGUACCAGUAUGCUCUAGUCCGAGUCCUUACCCAUUUUGUGGCAGAGCCCUCUGACCCAGGAGGAGAGAUGGUCUACAUGUUAGGAGCAGACUGGCAGGCAGAUAUCACUCAUUUGGUGUUGGACCAGCUGAAGGUGGAAGAUCCUCGUAUUGCACGACUAAUAGAUGGUCGUAUCUUGAUUGGGCGGGACCUUGGGAUAACCACCAUACAGGUUCUGUCUCCGCUGUCUGAUUCUAUCCUAGCUGAGAAAACUGUGACUGUGUUGGAUGACAAGGUCACGAUCACAGACCUGGGAGUGCAGCUGGUUGCUUCUCUGUCCCUCAGUAUGACACCCAGUCCUGGAAAUAGCCAAGCUAUACAGCUGACCACAACUGCUACAGACCUGCUGCAUAUACCUAAACAGGAAGCAGCUAUCAGUGCAUGGAUACAGUACAGUGACGGUUCAGUGACACCACUUGAUGUGUAUGAUCCCAAGGACUUUCUCCUCUCGGCUGUGUCACUGGAUGAAAAUGUGAUUUCCAUUAACAAUCAGGAGCAACACUGGCCCAUUGUCGUGGCAGAGAGUGAUGGACAGGGUGCUUUGGUUCGUGUAGAGAUGGUCAUAUCUGAGACCUGUCAAAAAUCUAAAAGAAAAAGUGUUCUGGCAUCUGGAAUUGGUAAUGUGAUGGUGAAGUUUGGAGCAAAGAAUGAGGACAGAGGUGGGAUGGGAAGAGGUGGACCAGACUACGAAGGAGGGAUGGACAACACCACCAAUGACAUACGAACAAAGGAUGGAGGGGAGUGGAAGGCUAAUAGUGCUGCUGCAGAUCGAGAGGAAGGAGCCAUGAGGAAGGUCAGCACAACAACCAAGAGCACAGUAACCCAUCGUGCUUCGGGGGGUAAAGCUGCCAGUGGAGGCAGCAGCAGCAGCAGAGGUGGGGGUCCAAACCAGGCAGGAGACUACAGCAGCUACCCAGCACAGGUGGAGGUACCAGGCACCGGAGAAAGUGAGCUUACCCAGACCACCAGAGGACUGUCAGACCUGGAGAUCGGGAUGUAUGCCCUACUGGGUGUAUUCUGUCUGGCAAUACUAGUCUUCCUCAUCAACUGUGUCAGCUUUGCUUUCAGAUACCGUCACAAGCAAGUCCCUGUGUUGGAGGCAGGAGGGAACAUGAACCACGCCCAUGACUGGGUGUGGCUUGGCAAUGAGGCUGACCUUCUAGCAGACCACUCUGACCAAUGCCAGGGAGGACUGCCAGAUGAAUGCACCACCAUCAUCGACCGGAACGAAGGUGGAUACGAAGAGAACAAGUACCUGCUGAACGGGGCAGGUAACACCUUGGUGCUGGGCACCGGCAUGGGCACCAUCAGUGGGAGUGGUGGCACAGGAGGCCACCGUGGCAUCACACAUGGACAAACCUUACCCAGAUCUGUCCAAGAACCACAUCAGUGCCUUUCAGCAAUCACUACUGGUGGCAAAAACGCCACCGGCCAAGCAGAGCAUCUGAAUAAUUCCCCUCGAUCGAAGGCUGCAGCUGCGGUGGCAGCCGCCAAACGCAAACGCGUCCAGUUCACUUCUUUUGCCACAGUUUUGCCCAAUGAUAAUUCAGUUGGGGGUGGCCCGUACGCUAACUCUUCAGCCCUCGUCACCAAUGGGAAUGAAGAUGACAUCAAGUGGGUGUGCCAGGAUAUGGACCUUGGUCAGUCUGAAAUCAGAACCUACAUGGAGCGGCUACAAGACAAUCUGUGACUGAUGGGAAAGAGACUGAGCAGUGGAGGGGCAGAGGACAAGGGCAGGAGGGGGAGGAUGGACAUUGAGUACAAUUCACCUGUAAUGCCUUUGCAAUGGAUGAAGGGAGGGAGAACAAAAGGUAUAAGAGGACAGUUAGGGAACUAAAAAUGCUGUGUGGCAGAGUUCAGAAGAUUUGAGGGAUGCUAAAACAUAGCACCCCUUUAGCUAUGGAAGCAUACUGUCAUUACUAGCUCACUCUGAAAUCAAUGGUAGCAAACAAUAAAUAACAAUUUGAGGUCUUUUUCUAUUAUUUAUGUGCAUAUAUUUGUGUAAAAAACAUUUAAGUUAAAGGUUAUGAAUGUUUAAUUUCAGAUUACUAGUAAACCAUUUUGCAAUACAGCCAAUUCAGGGUUUGUUAUUUGGACACAUUAUGAAGCCAAUGUACAUUUAAAUGAGGAUGCCAAGAACAUCAUUCUAGAUAUAUGUUUUACUCAUGUCUUAUUUUGCCAUGUUAUGCUGUGGCUGUUGAUAGAUCUACUUUUAAUAUAUAAAUUUGUCAUUUAUAGGCCAAGUCUGCUUUUGGUUGUACAAUGAAAUAAUGAUUACAUCACAUCAAAGACACAAGAUGUUUGUUUUUGUUUGAUCAUGGGACCCAUUUGUCUUUGGCAUUGUUCAUAAGUAAAGUGUGACAUGUAAAAAAGUUAUAACUCCAAGUACUCAACUUUGAAGUCAGGCACUAUUGGGAUUUUGUCAUUCAGCACUGAAUACAUGCAAUCUUGGUUUUUCCUCAAAUAAACGAAUGUGUCUAGAGUUGGGAUUUGAUAUAAAAGACGGUUUCUCCCUUGGAUCCAGGACAGAGGCAUUUAAACUUGCACAAUAACAAACAGGAAAGGACAUCAGCCAUAUUCUGGGCUUACUUCCUGUUUCCUGAAACCUUCCAGCUAAUGGCGGCUCUCUCCCUGUGUUCAGAACCAAUCCUGUCCCCCCCCUGGGCCCCUCACACCUUGACUGGGAUUAGCAGUAAGAACUUCAUGAACUAAAGUCCACAGUGAACUACUGUGACAGUAAACAAAGGCGGCACUGACUGAGGAGUCUUGUGUCAAAGGAGACUGCUUGGGAUUUGCAAAGUCUGACUGAACAUUUAAAAAUGAGGAUAAUUUAAGCAGAAACCACAAGACAGAGCAGAGUACCAAGAGUACACGGAGAAAACAGGAUUAUACUGAAUGACAUCUCAAUGCAAAGAAAACAGAGUGACACUCUUGAUUUUCUCUUGACUAGAUAUGGGUUCAUGAAACAUAUUCUUGCUGAAUAUAAUUGUAUAUUUUGUUUUCCUUUGGUUUGUCCCUUUUGAUAAUAGAAUGUUUUAUCUUUUCCCUAAUUACAUUUUUCCUCAUUUGGGAAGGUAUUAAUUGUAGCUUUUUUUUUCAGAGAUUUAUUAAGACUUUGAGGAUAUAUGAUUCUUUCUGUUUCUCCUAGAGAUCUAUUUAUUUAAGUUAACAUUACAGAGGGUGAGGAAGGGAAGAAAGGCCAAGGGCAAAGAGUGAAUAAUGAACCUGCUGGUGAAUGAUAGCACACAGGAGAAGUAGAUAAAGGAGGGAGACAGAACAGGCAGAGGUUGCCUCACCUUCGUUAAGCUCAGGUGACGAGUCAAGAAGAACCGACAAUAACUGCGGAGAACUGUAAGAUUGUUAAG